AUGCAGCUAGACAUAUUUUUACAGAUCAAGAUGGUGGCCAAAAGCGCAAACAAGGGUGGCAAAAAGAAGAAUCGUUCCGAGACCUAUGGCACCUAUAUCUUCAAGGUGUUGAAGCAGGUACACCCUGACACUGGUAUCUCGAAGAAGUCCAUGUUGAUCAUGAACUCCUUCAUCGUUGAUACCUUUGACAAGGUUGCAACGGAGGCCGGCAAGCUCUGCAAGUACAACAAGAAGGAGACUUUGAGCUCUCGCGAGAUUCAAACUGCCGUCAGGCUUGUCCUUCCUGGUGAGUUGUCCAAGCAUGCCGUCUCUGAGGGCACCAAGGCUGUCACUAAAUUCACCGGCAAGCAUCAUUAA